AUGGUUCCUUUUAUGACCGGAGACUCUGAGACCUAUAAGCCUGCAAGGAAGAAGAGACUGGUAAGGUCAUUUUAUAAACCACCUCGAGAGCCUAGAGCACUUCCACGUGAUCUAGACGGCUACCCUCGUAACAGUCGUGGUGCUUGCCCCCCGAGUUUAGCGGCCGCCGCAUCAGACAAGCGGUCUUUCGGUCAUUAUCUGGCUGCUGAGCAAAUCGCUAGUCAAACCGAACAACCCUACUUCGAGAAACGCACCAAAAUUCCAUCUUGA